AUGGCGAAUUCCAAUGUUCCAUUAAACCCUACCUUUAUCGGCCACGUCGCUUCCACACUCGACGCUCUGGUUCUCUUUGAAGCAUGUCUUAGCAGUGCACUUCACCAUGUUCCCCGCAGACCACACGACCGCGAGCGCCAGGAUCUCAUCAAGAGCGGCAAUGUCUUCAUCUACGAGGAGCACUCGUCCGGCAUCAAGCGCUGGACUGACGGAGUUGCUUGGAGUCCCAGUCGUAUCCUCGGCAACUUUCUCAUCUACCGCGAACUCGACCGGCCGUUCCCACCAGGCGAAAAGAAGCGCGCCAUGAAACGUAACAAGAAACCCACAGGCGUGACGAAGCCCGAGGUUGCGCGCCAAGGCAGCGUCAAUGGAGCAGCCUCUACUAUGGGCAUGGGAGAUUCGCAAGGCGGCAACAAGGACGCCGAGCGCGCGCUGAUCGGAUCCCUGGUCGACUCAUACCCCUUCAAGGAAAAUGGACUGGUGAAGAAGACGAUCAGCGUUACUUACCAGGGCGUGCCGCACCACCUUGUGUCGUACUACAACGUUGAAGACGUCACAGAAGGCAAGCUGAUGGCCCCUUCAAAAGACCACCAGCUCUCCACCAUCAUUCCCAGAGGGGAGUUGAUCAUGUCGCAAAACUUCCGCGCCCCAAUUGACGAGGUGGAGAUGGACGACUCACGAGGAGGCCAUGGACUUUUCGCCCAACACUACCCAGUCAACGGCCACCACCAGAGCCUGUCACGAGCAAUGUCGGUGCCUUCGCUACACAUCAGCGGAAUGCCUGCGACGCAAUUCGGCCAUCCACCGUACAUGUCGUACAUGAAUCCAGUUCCUGGGUCCGUCGGCAACGUUGGCUAUGCACAGCCUCAUCAUCCAAAUUACGCUUAUGACAGCCUGAGCCGUGCAGGCCGGUAUCCGUCGAGUGCUGGCUUGGCUCCCGACAUGUCGCGAAACAUGGCACUCGAGUCCCAGCAUCAUCCUCGACGACACUCAACAGCUUACGAGCCCGUAACGGGCCCCGAAAUGGGUCUUGCUAGCAGCUUGCCAGCUGUCUCAGGCGACCCUUCAAGGUCAAUGGGCGGAGGCAACAACUACAUGACUUCAAUGUUGUAUUCCCAACGCCCUCACGACAUGUCUCCUCACGAGACCUUUCCCUCGCCGUCUCCCCGGCACGUACACAACGAGUCUGGAAUGGGCGGUGACAGACAGGGCUUCCCCAUUGAGGGACUCAACCGCGAUACCUGGAACACGUUUGACCAGAUAGGCGACGACGACCAAGGCCAAUACAUGCCGCAAGGAAGUGCAGGCUGGCCGAGUAGCAAUAACAACACGCUUGGAAGGACCUGA